GAAGGAACGUUGAGGCACGGAGUCCUCCACGUGCAAAGCAUUCGCCCCGUGGCUUGGUGGAAGGGAAAGCCGGAAUCAUGGGGCGCAAGUUGGACCCGACCCAGAAGGUGAAGCGGGGCCCGGGGCGCAAGGCUCGCAAGCAGCGCGGGGCCGAGCAGGAGCUGCUUCGUUUUCUGCCUCCUGAUCCUGAAGAUGGUGCAAAGAAGCUGUCCAGCCAUGCAAGGAGAAGAGCUGCAAAACGUCGGAUCAAAGCUGCCAAGCCACCAGCCGGCAAGACUGCCAGUGCCCUCCAGGAACCAACAGCCCCGGGAGAGCUGUUGCUGAAGGGUGCCAAGAAGCGAGCAGCCCCACAAGAUGGCCACCCGGGUGGCUUCAGUGACGACAAUGCGGCCUGGCUGACCCCCAGCUCUGCGAAAAAGAGGCCCAAGCCUGAGGAGAGCGAGGAAGAGGCCUUCAGCGGCAGCGAGGGGCAGGAAGAGCCCAGCGGGAGUGACGGGGAGGAAGGAAGUGACGAUGGGAUGGUGGACGAUUAUGGAGCGUUGUCUUCUGGCGAUGAGGAGGAGGAGGAGCUCCUGCCUAUCGAACGAGCUGCCCGGGAGCAGAAGGAGCAGGAUCUCUGUGAGGAAGACAGUGAGGAGGAGGAGGAGGAGGAGAAAGAACCACCUAAGCAGGAUGAGACCCAAGAAACAGACCUGCAGCUCAACGUGGAGGUGGACGAGCGUUUUGUGCUGCCCAGCGGACAGGAGAUAGAGAAAGAAGCCGCUCAGCCCCCUGACCUUCAGCUGAUCCACCAGCGCAUCAAGGACAACGUCGAGGUGCUUCAGAACUUCGGUGCGAAGCGGGAGGAAGGCCGCUCCCGGCAAGAGUACCUGGCCCUCCUGCGUCAGGACCUGGCAGCUUACUACUCGUACAGCGACUUCCUGAUAGGGAAGAUGAUGGACCUUUUCCCGCUGUCAGAGCUGGUUGACUUCUUGGAGUCCAAUGAGGUUUCCCGGCCGGUGACUCUCCGGACCAACACUCUCAAAGCGCGGCGGCGUGACUUGGCACAGGCUCUGAUUAAUCGUGGGGUGAAUCUCGACCCCUUGGGGAAGUGGUCCAAAACAGGGCUUGUUGUCUACGACUCCUCUGUGCCCAUAGGUGCCACCCCCGAGUACUUAGCUGGGCACUACAUGUUGCAAGGUGCUUCCAGCCUUCUCCCAGUCAUGGCUCUUGCCCCCCAGGAGAAUGAACGCGUCCUGGACAUGUGCUGUGCCCCAGGAGGCAAGACCAGCUACAUAGCCCAGCUGAUGAAGAACACAGGUGUGAUCCUGGCCAAUGACAGCAACACAGAGCGACUGCAGAGUGUGGUGGGGAAUCUGCACAGGCUUGGGGUCACCAACGCAGUUGUGAGCCGCUGCGAUGGGCGCCAGUUCCCUAAGGUGCUGGGGGGUUUCGACAGAGUCCUGCUCGAUGCUCCAUGCAGCGGCACAGGUGUGAUCUCCAAGGACCCCACAGUGAAGACCAAUAAGGAUGAAAAGGACAUUUUGCGCUGUGCUCACCUGCAGAAGGAGCUGAUUCUCAGCGCCAUCGACUCAGUCAACGCUGCCUCGGAGACCGGAGGCUACAUAGUUUACUGCACCUGUUCGGUCAUGGUGGAGGAGAACGAAUGGGUGGUGGAUUACGCCCUGAAGAAGCGCAACGUCCGCCUGGUGCCAACGGGACUGGACUUCGGCAAAGAAGGGUUUGUCAGGUUUAAAGAGCGUCGCUUCCACCCGUCUUUGAAGUCCACGCGCCGUUUCUACCCUCACACACAUAACAUGGACGGCUUUUUUGUUGCCAAGCUCAAGAAAUUCUCCAACGCAAUUCCCGUGGCUCCACCAGGUGAAGAACCCGCUGAGGAGCCAAGCAUGCCAUCCACAACAGAGGAAUCUGCUCCAGUGGCUGCCGUCACACCUCUGCUGGCAGGGAAGAAACAGGAGGGGCUGAAAGGCGUUAAGAAGCAGACUGCAAAACAGGUGAAUUCAGCAUCGGCAGCCACCAAAACGCCGCCUCAAGGAGAGCCAAAAAUGAAGAAGCGGAAGAAAUGGGCGCUGGCCUCACGGCGCGGCUCCUUCCAGAAGCGACCCAGGCCCUCAAAGGCGGCCCGGCCCUCUCCCAGAGGGCAGAGAGCCCAGCCAGCCUCUGGCAAGAAGCACAGAGUGCCCCAGAGUCACCAGUAGGGGGCGUGUGUUGGCCAGCAUAUAUCUGGAGGCUCCUGGCUGGUGCCAGUAAGACUAGUGGGGGGAAAUUCUAUCCGAGGCAUAGGUUCUCGUUCUACUUUGUGCUGGACUGGCCUUUGGGCCUUCCCCUUGAUAUGUACGUGGCCCAAUUUCUAGUAUUUAAUUUAACCCUUUAGUCGCUCGGUCUGAAUGAGGCUUGUCGGUCAUUAAAGCUUUUCUAUUUAAUCAUAA